CGACACGAUUUCCGCGCAUGCGCAGUUGCAUUUUCCGCGCAGAAGGGUCGCGAACUCUGACCUCCCCGAGGCGAAGCGAUUUCGGAAAAAUUGAUCAAAAACAUCGGAUUUUUGAGUGAUUCAGAUAUCGAGUGAAACGGUUGUGCAUCGUAGGACUUUGUGUGUGUGUGUGUGUGUGUGUGUGUGUGUGUGUGUGUGUGUGUGUGAUGGCGAGUUGCAUUUAAGCCCAAGCGGUGUGCGGGGUCAUCAUGGCAGGAGAAAGUCCCAGAAUUCAGCUGGUGUCAGCAGAAGGAGGUCUGCAGAUCGUGACAGACCAGCAGCUGGGUCAAAAGCUCCAGAUAGUAACGGCGUAUGAUCAGGCGGGAGCCGGCAAGCAGCAGUUCAUAUUAGCCAACGUGGAUUAUCCCAAUCAGGACAAACUUCUCCUAAAGCACGAGAGCUCACCGGGGAAAGUCAUCCUGACUUCAGCUGAUGGCUCAGCUGUCAAUCAACUGCUCUUCACAUCACCUGACCUGGCAGGUCAGCAGAUCCAGUUUGUCACCGAGGGAACAGACCAAAGCUCUGUUAAGCCUGUGGUAGAGUACUGUGUGGUGUGUGGAGACAAAGCUUCAGGUCGUCACUAUGGGGCAGUGAGCUGUGAAGGCUGCAAAGGCUUUUUCAAGCGAAGCAUCCGCAAGAACCUUGUGUACACGUGCCGCGGUUCAGGAGAGUGUGUGAUCAAUAAGCAUCACCGCAACCGCUGCCAAUACUGCAGACUGCAGCGCUGCAUGGCUCUCGGCAUGAAACAGGACUCCGUGCAGUGCGAAAGGAAGCCAGUGGAGGUGACGAGGGAAAAGCCGGCCAACUGCGCCCCCUCCAUCGAGAAGAUCUACAUUCGCAAGAACCUCUGCAGCCCCCUGGCCGCCUUGCCCACCUUCGUCAACGAGAAAGAGACCGCCAGGUCCACCAAUGUGUUAAACUCCAACAUGCUUCUGAACAUCCAGCAGUCUCUGUCCAAGUUAGACAACACAAUCCUCAUCCCCUCCUCACCAGACCUGAAUGACGAAUCUCAGGGUGAUCUCAGCACGCUGGCGAACGUGGUCACGUCUCUGGCCCACAUGAGCAAGAGCCGCGAGGCGACGGACAACAGCGCCGACCACUCGGGACUGGAGAGCAUGAGCACCGAGGGUGGCUCUGUGACCGAUAUCCAACCGGACGAGCAGAAUUCCAGCGAAAUCACUCAAGCCUUCGACUCGUUGGCCAAAGUUCUGCAUCCAGACGAUGGGAACAGUUACACCGUAGAGGGGAGUGUUUCGGAGGAGCAGAGCGCCACCAUGCUGGAGCUGGAAGGGCCAUUGCUUUCCGACAUGCAUGUGCCUUUUAAGCUGAUGAUGCCCUUGCCUGUGCCGGAGUUCCUUAAUUUGAACUACAUCUGUGAGUCGGCCUCUCGCCUGUUGUUCCUAUCCAUGCACUGGGCACGCUCCAUUCCCGCUUUCCAGGCUCUCGGGCCAGAGAACGGGAUCACUCUGAUAAAGGCGUGUUGGAAUGAGCUGUUUGCUUUGGGCUUGGCUCAGUGUGCUCAGGUCAUGAACGUGGAGAUGAUCCUCAGUGCCAUCGUCAGCCACCUGCAGAGCAAUCUGGAAGAAGAGAAACUGUCGGCGGAGAGAGUAAAGCAGGUGAUGGAGCACAUCUGGCGAAUGCAGGAGUUCUGCAACAGCAUGAAUCGUGUGAGCCCCGAUGCUUAUGAGUACGCCUACCUCAAAGCCACGGUCCUCUUCAGCCCAGAUUACGCUGGAAUGGACAGCACUCUUCAGAUCGAGCGCUUCCAGGAGAAGGCGUACAUGGAGCUGCAGGACUACGUCAGCAGGGUGUACCCGGAAGACACUUAUCGUCUGUCGAAGUUGCUGCUCCGUUUGCCCGCUCUGCGUCUGAUGAGUGCCGCCGUGACCGAGGAGCUGUUCUUCGCCGGCCUCAUUGGGAAUGUCCAAAUCGACAGCAUCAUUCCCUACAUCCUCAAAAUGGACUCCACCGACUACAACAGCCAAUCGGCCGGCACCACGGAGUGACUCCAGCCCCAUCCACAAACACUCCAAUCAGCCUCAGGGCCGCAGUGCCUGCUGACUGACUGCACCCUCAUCUCGCUGCCCUAAAAGUGACCUUUUAACUCUAACGUACAAAAGAAGCAGCCAAUACGCCACGGCCUUUACACCGCACGGAUGUAGAAGGUCAACGUUUUACAAGCUGUUGCACGAUGAAGACCGAGGAUGUCAUUUUGAUCGCAGCUGCACUUUUCUUUGUUUCAGAUGAUGGAUUUGUGGAAGCAGAGUGCUUGCUUGGACAGGUUCAUUUAAAGGAAGUAGCUGAAGAUGUGUGAACAGUGAAAGGACUUAAUUGAAGCUUUAUGUUGCUGUAUGUACAUGAAUUGUGUAUAUAAGUGUAAUAAAUGUCGCUCUUAUACAGA